CUUGUGUGACAUCUGUGAUAUGUUAUGAUGUUAUAUCAUCAUCUAACUCAAGCUCAGUACGUUGACACCCAUGCCCUCCUUAUAUUUCAAGGCUUCAUUGAUGGCGCUUGCUACAGUUGUUCCAUGAUUUUGUAUAUGUCGCUUGCUGGCACCGUUGCUGGGGUUUCAUCAAUUGUCCAACGAGUUGUGUCUUGAGUUUAGCCUUUCUAGUUAAUAGCUUCGUGUCAUUGUUGCUAGCAAUCUUGUAAUCUGAUUUUUAAUGACUAAGACCAUAAUUAUAUUUUUUAUAUGGCCUAAUUACUCUUGUAUUUUAUCUUCCGAUUCAUAUAUGUAAAAUGCAUAAUUAUUAUUACUUUCAUUUCAAUUUUUGGUAUUCAUAUUUGAACGGACACUACUAUUUUUUCUUCACUUUUUAUGGAAUUCAACAUGGUAUUUUUAUUUAUUGCAAAUGUAAGCUUAUUUAUUUUACUUGGAAUUAAUACUUUAUUCAAGUGUUUUACGUCCCAAAUUGUAUGGACAUCAAACUUAUAAAUUUUUUUCUUAUUUUAAUUUGAAAUUUAGAAAUUUAUUUAUUAUACUUGACACGGACUCUUUAUUUAGGCGUUCUAUGUUCCAAUUCGUAUGAAUUGGCUUUACCUUAAUUUUUAUUGCAGAAUUUGGCUCGUUUUAGUGGCUCUUAUGAAAAUUGAAUUUCUAAUUUUAUAUUAUUUUUAAUUCUAAUUUUUGGCUCUUUUUAGUAUCCAAUUCAUAUGAAUCGAAAUUCUAAUUUUAGAUUAUUUUUAUUAUAAAUUUAUUUAUUAUUAGUUGUAUUUUGAUAUGGAUUAUAUGAUUUUAGCGGGACUACCGUUAGUUUAUCAUAACAAUUGAUGCCCCAGAUCCUUCUUUUUUAUUAACAUGGGAAUUUUAGGCCUUGAAAGUAAAUAUUUGUCUCCUUUUGAUUCUACUUUAUUAAUAUAACUACUAACAUCCAAUGGUUACAAUGCAUCAAUACAUCUGAGGGCAUUAAAAGAUCAAUGGCAUGAACACCAGUUGUAUCAUGUCCAGGUCGAAAGUGAAGCAUGCAUUUUCCAUAACAAUUCGAAUUAGAAUUCUUUAGUCGUCACAACAGGCUAUGAUUGAGCUCUAUUGAGUAUAAUUAAGAAAUUAGUCGUGUUGGCGUGACUAAUCCCAUCACGUCGCAAAGUCCAAUCUCCAGACUGCAAUGAAGAGUCGCAAACCAGCAUGCUACAAUACUGUAGUGUUCAUUCAAACUAAACGUUCCUCUAACAAUGGCCUUCAUCAUUGCCUGCCUGACAGCAUGCAUGCGAGACAUUAAUCGCCGCAUCCAAUGAUUCCAAUCCAAAAGGGCAAAGAAAAAGGUGGGGUGAUGGAAGCUGCAUCCAAUGUCUGUCUCACCCAGCGCAUGCAUGCAAUUUAUAUUAUUUCACCUGCGGCAGUCCGUUCACCAGAAGACUUGGAUUUAUUGAUAUUUUAUGGAAUCCUUCACGUAUAUAUUAGGCUAGCUCUAUUUUCUUAAGAAUAUGGUGGAGGUCACAGAAAAUAGGAGCCGAAGAUCUACAAAGUAAAAGGCGGGUAUUCUGUAUUUUUGAGAUUUCCUAGUGUGCCUCGUAUUCUAAAUAGUACUCCAUGUAUACUCCAACUUACUGGAUCGUGGAUAUAUGGCUUUAAAUUGUGGGAUAGGUAAAUAGAUCGACUUACCGGAAGUUGGUUGUAUUUCAUAUGAAAAAAAUAGGGGUAACUUGGUCAUUCUAUCUUCAACCCUAAUCUCUUUUUACUUCAGACCGGCAUAGAUUUUUUUUCCCUUGCUAUAACUGUGGUAGGCUGUAACGGUGAGGAUUUUAAUUUUAACCCGGACUGUUAAAGGAUAAUUAUAACAAUCAAUAGUUUAGAUCUUUCUCUAUUGUCAAGUUAGUAUGGGGUUUUCUAGGCCUUGGAAGCAAACGUGUUCCCGUAUAUGUAUGGAUAUGGUCAUUUUGUGUGUAUACAGAGCAGCAACAACAAUAAUUAAUCUACCAAUUGUAAUCUGGCUCAAGGUCCAUAUUUUCUGUAUACUAGGAAUCCGACCACCAUGACUUGGCUGACGCACUAAUUUCAAAGUUUCCUGUGUCAUUAUGUCCAGGUAAGAAGUUGCUGCUGCUGCUGCUGGUUGUAGCCACCACUCUGGCCCUGGAACAGAGCACUGCAACUAAUGGGGCUCGAGGCAUCAGCAUGUCUCUGCCUGGCUGCCCAGACAAGUGCGGCGACGUCGUCAUCCCGUACCCGUUCGGCUUCAAGCCAGGUUGCUUCCGGGAAGGCUUCAAUGUCACUUGCAACGAAAGCACGUCGUCGGCCUAUCUCGGCAACCACAGAAGCUUUAAGAUCUUUGGUUUCAAUCUGUCCCAGGGCGAGGUCCGUGUUCAGAAGCACAUACAAUAUUCUUGCAUCGAUGGUACAAAUAACAUCGGCGUUCCAGGUCAUCCGGUGCAUAUGAACAUUACCAACCUUCCUUUUGUCAGUGUUUCCACCAAGAACAAAUUCACAACAAUCGGGUGUGCUACCGUUGCAAUCUUACACGGCAAGAACCAACAUAAUUACACCAGUGGAUGUGUAUCAUUCUGUGACAAGGAUAACAUCGACAACAGCACACAGUGCACUGGAAUGGGCUGCUGUCAGACUUCCAUCCCAGUUAACCUUAGGGCUUUGUGGACCUCAUUCUUACCGGUAUACAGUAGUUCCUUUGCCCAGGAUUUUAGUCCAUGCAGCUACGCCUUCGUCUCCGAGCAGAACUGGUUCAGUUUCGAUACCUCGUACGCCAACUCAAGAUUAUUUGGCGAAUUGCAUGGAGGUGACGACCGUGGGGUUCCUAUGGUGCUCGAUUGGGUCGUUGCCAAUGGAACGUGCGAGGAAGCCGAGAUGAAAUCAUCAUCUGCAUGCCUUGCCAAUAAGAGCAACUGCACGAACGUGCUCGAUGGCCUGGGUUAUCGAUGCAACUGCUCUCAAGGUUAUGAGGGCAAUCCCUACCUACACGAUGGGUGUCAAGACAUCGACGAGUGCAAGCAUCCAUCCAUGUAUCCUUGCCAAGGUCUUUGCGAGAACACCGAUGGAAACUACACAUGCGUAUGCCCACGAGGAACUCACAGCGAUGAUCCAAGGACCAUACACUGCACCAGAGGCUCCGACAACAUGAUGGUCAUAGGUAUUUCCAUCUGCUCUAUCUUCAUCAUCGUCUGUUUUGUUCUACUGAGCCAACGUCAAAAAAGAAAGCUAGCAAAAGAGAGGGAGAGGCUCUUCAGAGAGAAUGGUGGCCCAAUACUGUAUCAAAAAAUCCUUUCUAACCAGGUUGACACAGUUAUGAUAUAUAGAGUGGAACAACUAGAGAAGGCGACAAAUAACUUUGACAAGAGCAGAGAACUAGGCAGAGGGGGCCAUGGCACAGUGUACAAAGGCAUUCUGGAAGAUAACAAGGUUGUAGCUGUGAAGCGCUCAACGAUUAUGAAUGUGGCCCAAGCCGAAGAAUUCGUGCAGGAGAUUAUUAUACUCUCACAAAUCAACCACAAGAAUGUGGUCAGGCUUCUAGGCUGCUGCUUAGAGGUGGAAGUGCCCAUACUAGUGUAUGAAUUCAUACCAAAUGGAACACUCUUCCACUUGAUCCAUGGUGACGACAACAGGCAACCUGUUUCGCUAGAAGUUCGUCUUAAGAUCGCCCAGGAGUCUGCUGAAGCACUGGCAUAUAUGCAUCUCUCGACUAACCGUCCGAUAGUCCAUGGAGAUGUCAAGUCUCUGAACAUACUGAUAGGUGAAAACUAUGAGGCAAAAGUGACGGACUUUGGGGCAUCAAGAAUGCUUCCCAAGGACUCGGUCCAGUUCAUGACAAUUGUGCAGGGAACUAUGGGUUACCUAGACCCCGAGUACUUCCAGGAGCGGAAGCUGACGGAUAAGAGCGAUGUUUAUAGCUUCGGGGUCGUACUUCUCGAGCUGAUCACAGGGAAGACGGCGAUCUUCUCUGAAGGCUUGGAGGAAGGAAAAGGCCUUGCAUCGGUCUUCCUUCGGACAAUGAGUGAGAACAGAGUUGAAGACAUCUUGGACCCGAGCAUAAUUGGUGGGGAAAUGGCAGAGCUGCUCCAUGAAGUAGCUGAGUUGGCAAGGCAAUGCUUGAGUGUGAAGGGGGAGGAGAGGCCUUCCAUGACCCAAGUGGCCGAGAAACUGAAAGCUAUACGCGUAACCUGGAGAGAAAUAUUGUUGCUGAAGCAUGAAGAAACUGAGCUUCUGACGAUUGAGAGGCCAUGUGCGCCUUCGGCUGGCGGCCUGACAUCAAACAUGUAUUGGACGGCACAGAUGUUGGGGAUGGAUAUCGAAAAACCAAAUGCAGAGCAUCAAGUGUAGCAAGAAUACAGGAUAUAGAAUAUAGGUAGUGUGAUCUACUCGAGUUUUCAUGUAUAGAUGCAAACCUUGUAUGAUUUACUAUCAAGUAGUAUAGUUGCCGUGCAGUCAAGCUACUUUCUUUUCUUUUAUAGUUAUGGUGAGAAAUUUAAAGUAAAAGAUUAUAUUUUCUGCCUAUUAGAGAGGCAAGUUCU